CAUAUAAAAACUAUGCGCAGACCAGUAGGAUUUUUGGCUCAAGAUAUUGGAAUGUGGGAAAAGGCUUUAAACUUUCUUUCCCUUUUUGGUGUACUGACAAAUGCUAUUAUAAUUGCAUUUUAUUCUAAUUGGUUGAAAAUGCAAUUCCUCAAAUAUACCGGCAACAAUGAAGAGUAUUUAUUAAUUGCUAGGCUUGGUUUUGUUAUUUUUUAUGAGCAUUUUGUAUAUGCAAUUAAGAUAAUUUUUGCAUAUUUAAUACCAGACAAACCAUCAUCUUUAAAAAUAGCAAUUCUAAGAGAAAAAUAUUUGGUCAAUAAGCUAUUUAAACAUGAAGGAAU